AUGGUUAUAAAGCAAGAUCAAGGUAUAAAACUAUUACAAUUAAUGAUGGAAAAUUAUCAAGAUAUUUCUAUUCAAUUUCAACCCAAAUCAGAAACAUUGGCCAUGAAUAUUAUUCAAUCUUAUAAGAAAUAUAUAGAUCAUAUAAAUCUACAUAUAGAAGAUUUAAAUAGAGAUGAAUUAUUCAAUUUAUGUGAUUUUAUAAAUAGCAGUGAAACAAUAAUGGAUAUUACUAUACUAGCAAAAAAUCCUGAACAAUAUCAAGAUUUUAUUCAAAAAUGCAAUAGAGGUGUAACAAUUAACAUAUCUAUAAAUCAAAGUAUGAAAUUUUUAACAAAACAUGAAGCUUUAGAUUAUAUGAAUCAGAAUACUCAUAAACAAAUAGCAUCGAUAUCUUUCACAUCAAUUAAUUCUCAAUUCUUCGCAAUACUUAUCUGUAUGUCGCUUGACGAUAUAUUUUUUUCAUUGACAUUUAACAAAUUAUCUUCUGAAAUAGCAUUAAACGCUAUUAAAAUUUUCAAUAAGCCAAUAGCGAUUGAAUUUACUAGUCUUAAUAUUGAGAAAGCUUCAAAACUUUUAGAAAGUCAAAAAGAACGAGACUUCUUAGUUUGUCUUAAUAAUCUUCUAUACUCCGAAGCACGACGAAUUUUAGAAAAAUUCGAUCCGAACGAACAGGAUGUGGAUGUUAUUUUGAACAAACUUGAAGAUAAUUAUUAUAAAAAUGAUAAACCUGAAGAUGAAUUAUUUGAAUUUGAUCAACAUAGUAUUAACAAACUAAUUUUUAUUAAUGAACUAAAUCCAAUUCCAUGGUUCAGUGUAAUGACAAUGACAACAUUAGCAACAGCAAAAAUCAUCGGUGGUGUUUGUCUUACUGCAUUUACCUGUAGUAUUGGUUUCACACUAAGUUUAUCACUAAUUAAUGAGGGUGUCAAUGAUUUGUAUUUUGCUGUACGAGGAUGUAUAUCAAGAGAUAUUAAUUGGAAAGAUUAUGCCAUACAAAAAGGUGUUAGUUUAGCUAUAUGUUUUUGUACAUUAGAUGUAUCAGUUGUAGCUCAAUCAGCUCGAGCUGCUCAACAAGUUGGUACGAGAUCAACUUCACAAUUCUUGAAACAAACCUGGAAUGGAACGAAAAAUUUGAUUCGAACAAGUUUUGCAUCAGUUGCAGAAGAUGCUAUUGAAACUACUGCUAGAAAUAGUUUACGCUUAGCAUGUCAACAAGUAGCGAUAGUAACUACUGAAACUGGUACUCGGGAAGUAUUAAAUUAUUCAUCUAACUAUAUAUUAAAUAAUCAUCUAUUGGCACAAAUCAAAUCAGACAUCACUAACUAUGUCGAAUCAUCAAUGGAUGACUUGGCAGAUAAAGAUCUAGAAUAUAAAAAAAUAUUGGAAACAUUUUUCUUUAUUGAUGCUUAUAAUCAAAAUCAUCAAUUACAAACUCAAAUGGAAUAUAUUGCCUUCAGUAUUCUUAAUAGCUGCAAUGAUUAUAUUGAGAUAGGAAAAUCAUUUGCCAAUAGUUUAUCCAAUGUGUUCCUAAGUCAUUUUCAAAGCAAAGGUGGUACGAUGGGAAACAUAUUACAAAUUACACAGAAAAGUCUCGAUAUCAUCAAAACCGUUCAAAAUGCACUUCAAACUAUAGAAGUAACGAAAAAGUUUUUUCAUGCUUUCAAAGAUGAAUUAGAAAAACUAGCGAAAUGGAUGCCCGAUUUAGUUGAAUUACUUUCAAAAGAACAAAAUAUUGGCCGAGAAGCCGCCGAAACUAUUUUGUUUAUUCUUAAAGAACAUAAAAUUCUUAGCAAAGAUGAAUCAUUAAAUAAAGAUUCGUUUUCAGAGAAUACGUACGAAAAUUUAAUUGAACAAAUAGUAGCUAAUGAACAGAUCAUCGAUCGUCGUUUCUCUAUAGAAAAUCUCAAAGCGGCUUUACAAACAAUUGAUUUAAUUGUCUUUGAACGUGAUUAUAAAAGUAUAGUAAUAAAUUUUUUUGUUCGCAACUUAAAUAAUACUUACCAAAAGAGUAUGUUUCAACAAAAAAUUUACAGUUUAUUAGUUAAUCAAUUAAUGUCAUUAAUUCAAGGAGUUUUUAUUGGACCAAUAAAAAAGUUUGUUCUUGGAAAAAUGGUACAAAUUGUUUCAGAAGAAGUACAAAAAAAUUUGGAUACAAACCAUGAAACUGUACGAGAGAAAAUGGAAGAUAUCAGCAUUCAACGUUAUAUUAAUAGGGUUUCGAAUAAAUUCGUCAACGAUGUUCAAUGCGAAAAGAUUAAGAUCGAAGCAAAUGCUAAAGAAAAACUUGACAAAAUUCGACAAAAAUCAAUGAAAGAUACAAACGAGCUCGAAAAAUUGGUUCUUAAUGUAUUGGAAAAUGAAGAAGGUGGAAUUAUUGAGCUUGGCUUGAUAUCAGCUAUGACUGGUUUAAAAUUUUCAGUGAUUCAAGAUAAAGAAUGCGACAAAGUAAUAGAAGAUGAUGGUAAAAUACGCUUGUUAUACGUCCAAACUAAAGAAACCAGUGAACAUCAUGUAUGUCAUGACAGUUAUUGGAAAUCAAUUGAUGGUUCAGAUUUGCUUUGUGUAGAUGGUAGUAAAGGUAGUCUGUAUAAUGCGAUAUAUAGUCAAGCUUCUGAUAAGUUUGCUUCGCCUGUGGAAAUACGAACUCGAUUGGCUGAAUUCAUGUUAGCCAAUUCGACUUUUAUUGAAAGAAUUCUGCCGGCUGUCAAUAUAAUUAAUUCGAAUUCGAAUCCUAUUCUCAGAAAAACGUUAUUAAUGAAAGGAGGAUAUACGAAAAUUGACAUUAGUGUUAUCUGGACACCAUCGAUUACAUUCAAAAAAUUGGAUAAUAAUGGUCCAGCUGUAAGAAUUAAAACAAUCAAAAAACUUUUCAAAUGGAUUAAUAGUAAUAGUAAAGAAAUUACAUUGUUAAUUGAAAUAACACAAAAACUUUUCCCAAAAUUAAUAUCAUCAAAAUCUGCCGACAUAGGAAUUCAAUGUGUAACUUUCAUCAAAGCGGGUACUAAUUUAUUCGAAAAAUAUCAAAAUAGAGAUGUUUUAGGAACUAUAGAAGAACUUCAAAGUAUCGGUGAAAUAAUACUCAAGUUUCAUCAAAUAUUGAAGAACUAG